GUAGUAGAGGAAAGGCGAGGACUGUUGUGUUGCACUUAUCGAUCUUGCUACUUCUGCAAAUCACCCCCAAUCUCACAACCCUAGACCCUGUGAAGAAAUCAUGGGCACCCUGGGAAGAGCUUUCUACACCGUCGGAUUCUGGAUUAGGGAGACCGGCCAAGCUCUCGAUCGCCUCGGCUCCCGCCUCCAGGGAAACUACCUUUUUCAGGAACAAUUGUCAAGACAUAGAACACUCAUGAACUUAUUUGACAAAGCCCCCUCGGUUGCUAAGAAUGCUUUUGUGGCCCCUAAUGCAUCACUGACUGGGGAGGUUUAUGUUGGACCAAGCUCCUCCAUUUGGUACGGAUGUGUUGUCAGAGGUGAUGUGAACAGCGUUAGCAUCGGAGCUGGAACCAACAUACAGGAUAAUUCUCUUAUUCACGUGGCUAAAUCUAAUAUUGCUGGGAAAGUUCUGCCCAUCAAUAUUGGUGACAAUGUCACUGUUGGGCAUAGUGCUGUCUUGCACAGUUGUACUGUAGAGGAUGAAGCAUUUAUUGGUAUGGGUGCAACAUUGCUUGAUGGGGUGGUUGUUGAGAAGCAUUCAAUGGUUGCCGCUGGAGCUCUUGUCAGACAGAAUACAAGAAUACCAUCUGGAGAGAUAUGGGGAGGGAAUCCAGCCAAAUUCCUGAGGAAUCUCACAGAUGAUGAAAUCGCAUUCAUAUCUCAGUCAGCUACCAAUUAUGCAAACCUAGCGGAAGCUCAUGCUGCCGAAAAUGCAAAGGACUUUGACAAGGCAGAGCUUGAAAAGGUACUUCAGAAGAAAUUUGCUGGACAGGACGAGGGACAUGACUUAAAAUCGGGUGUCGUUGGUUAGGCAUCACCGUAACUUCAAAAAAAUAAAGCUCAAGAGCUUCCUAAUAUGGAACACGUUUGAGCUUUUUUUUUCGUAUAUCUUUUUUUUUUGUUUCCGAUGGGUUCCAAGAAGAUGCCUGAGUUUUGCCUCCAAUAAAUUCAGUGGCCAGGCUAAAGUUUCAAAAGAUCAGUCCUGGUACAAAGUGUUUCUUGUGAAGGAUCUUCCAUUAAUAAAACGCUUAGAUAUUGCUUGCUCUUUUCA